AUGUGUCUGUGGACUCUAAGUUUCGGGACCACGAAUAAAUCAGGAAUCUCUACUGUAACACAGUUUGUCCUGCUGGGCUUUCCUGGUCCUUGGAAAAUGCAGAUCGUCCUUUUCUUGGUGUUUUUUUUUAUCUACAUCUUGACUCUGACUGGGAAUAUGGCCAUCAUUUGUGCAAUGAGAUGGGACUCACGACUCCAUACCCCUAUGUACAUGCUCCUAGCCAACUUCUCCUUCCUAGAGAUCUGGUAUGUGACCUGCACAGUUCCCAACAUGCUGGUCAAUUUUCUUUCCAAAACCAAGACCAUUUCCUUCUCUGGCUGCUUCACUCAGUUCUACUUCUUCUUCUCCCUGGGCACAACUGAAUGCUUCUUCCUCUGUCUCAUGGCUUAUGAUCGGUACCUGGCCAUCUGCUGCCCACUGCACUAACCGUCCAUCAUGACUGGGAGGCUCUGUGGCAUUCUGGUGUCUCUUUGUUGGCUCAUCGGUCUCCUUGGACAUUUAAUUCCCAUUGUCUUCAUUUCCCAACUCCCUUUCUGUGGUCCCAACAUCAUUGAUCACUUCCUGUGUGAUGGAGACCCACUGAUGGCCCUUUCAUGUGCCCCUAAACCCAUCAUAGAUCAUGUGUUCCAUUCUGUGAGCUCUCUUAUUAUCAUUCUCACCAUUUCGUACAUCCUUGGGUCCUACACCCUGGUGCUCAGAGCUGUGCUUCAAGUCCCUUCUUCUGUUGGACGGCGAAAGGCCUUCUCUACAUGUGGAUAGCACUUGGUGGUGUUAUCUACGUUCUAUGGAACCAUAAUGGUGAUGUAUGUGACUCCCACAUCUGGCAAUUCAAUUGCUGUGCAGAAGAUCUUCACACUGAUAUAUUCUGUCGUGACACCAGUCUUAAACCCCAUCAUCUACAGCCUCUGCAACAAGAACAUGAAAUAUGCCCUCUGUCACAUUCUUUGUAGGAUGAGAAUUACCCAAAGUUCAUGA